AUGGUCAUUGCGAGCCACUAUCUCUGGAAUACUGGCUCCCAGGCGCAGAAAUCGCACGAGGCCUUGUUCCAGACCCUGCUGUUCCAUGUUCUUCGGAAGACACCUAAAUUCAGCGAUGCGUCAUUGCCUGUAAAACUUGGUCUCCAACGAACCCUCAGCUUGAGCCAACCGAAAGCACUUGUCAGUAAGCUCCAAGGAGGGGAUCUCGAAUGCUGCUUCUGCUUCUUCAUUGAUAGGCUGAACGAGUACCACGGCCCACAUUCGCUUCGCAAGCAGGACUUCACAGGAGACGACAUAAGUGCACAUUUUCAUGAGAAGGCAGGCACCGAUGUCAAGCUCCAGGUAGCCUCGAUUAAGGAUCCUGAGUGGCUCGACCAGCCGCAGACGGUCGCCGACAGAGCCGAAGGCACUUGGAUCUGGGUGCACUUCGUGGUCCGCGACCUCGUGCGAAAUAUUAGGGACAACAAACCAUUCGAACAAUUCCACAAGCGGAUCGACUCUUAUCUGAACAACGCCAAGAAACGGCCUGGUCUCUCCUGGACUGCUGCUUCUGCGGGGCUCACGCGCUACGAGGGAAGAUCCUGGGGAUCAACCAAGGCACCGCCCACGUGUCAAUGUUGCUGCAAUCUUCGGUGGGGUGCGUGA